UUCUGGCGCGCCAGCGCAAGGCGAACAGAAGACUGUGGGUGUUUUCAGAAAAACAACCUUUCUGCUCGCCGCGUGAUGUAGCGACUUCGUCAAUGCGCACGCAUAUCGCGGUGAAACAUAGGGGAGGCUGGUAAUACUUAGAAGCGCGAGUGUGCGAAGCGUAACCACAUCGUCUGCAUUGGGGCUCGAGCGUUCCCGGCUAAGAUGAUAGGCGGCGAUUUCGGUGGUUCGGCAGGUUCGGCGGCGGCUGACGCACUUCACCGCGGGAUAGGUCCUGUUCCCGCUGGCCAACACGUCGCGGUCAUGACCGUACGCGACGCACUCACUGCGUGUACCGACGAGCUUGCCGCAUACGGCGUGCCCUGCGAGAUCGGCCAUUACUCCGUGCAAGGGGAACAGCGUGAGUAUGUCGACAGUGCCGUUCAAAAGAGGUACCUGCGUACGCCGAUUCCCUCGACUCCGAACUGGGAUCUGAACAGCGGAUACGAAAAUGCACAGCGCAGAGUCAGGGAAUCCAUGUCACCGACGCAUAACCUACUCCGUUGGAUUAUUCUCAACAAGGACAAAGUGGUGACGCCUUCGUCGGAUGAGGAGAGACCUUCGUCGUCGCUGGAGGCGGAGCGCCCACGCAUGGGUUUUAUCUGCGGCCGGUACACUUUGGCAACCCUUCUGUGCACGCCGUUCGAGGAAAGUAAAGCCUGGAAGAUAGCGGCGUGUCAGCAUAGAGGCAUCGUGUACAUCCGUGGCAUUCCUAUGAAUGAAGGAGUUGAGCGGUCUCUCACUGACAGCCAUGACCGGAAUCGUGAUCGUCUGGGCUACUGGGGCAAGAAAUUCCUGCACAUCAUGACCACAAAUGAACCAGGAGCUUCCGCCGAGGAGGAUGAAGUGGUCAGGGAAAACGAUACAUACAACGUCGUCCUCCGCUGCCAGCUUGGAUCGCACUCUAUCGUGCUAGGAAGUGAAGUGAAAGCAGUGAACCCUACUGUCCUAUGCGAGCCGGGUUGCACGGCUGGCUAUGUGGAGUUCAAGACUUGUCGCGACAACUUCACGAGGGCCCAGCGCUACAAGUUCUACAGACACGCGUUGCUACGUUGGUGGGCCCACUGCCGCCUGUCUGGCGUCCCGAAGGCGUUAUGCGGCUAUCGCAGCGAAAAUGGAAUUCUAUUGGCCAUCCAGGAGUUUGACGUCAUGAAGAUGCCGGAGAUAGCUGGGGGAAAGUGGUCGGAAGAUAUAUGCAUGAAAUUCUGCGACCAGCUGCUAUCCUUUAUCAAAGGCCAUGUUGAAGCAAAUGACGGAAGGACUGCCUACCUUUUCGACUACGUGCCGUCUUCAGGUGAAGUUAUGUGCAAGCGCCUGACAGAUCCCGGGAACCAUUAUGGGCUUCCAGAUUGGUUCCUAGAGGCCUUCGAAGGCUAUUGAAGUGUACACAUCAGCUGCUCUCCUAAUCACACCGCAUGCGACGAUUUUACGACAGCUGUUCUUCUGAUGCUUUUUAUUUUUUUAUAAGACAAAGGUCUGGUAUUGGUCGCCCCGGAAAACGUCCUACAUUGUGCCGAUUACGACGGCAGCACAUUGCCUUAUGGAAUGUGCGAAGUAUAUCGUUUAUAUGAUCUAAUGUUUACAAAAUUGUCGAUGUUUUUAAAUAAUGUUUGACAGAGCUUCUGAUUGUAAAUUUUAACGCUUGAUUACAGUGCUCUAUAAACAUUGCAAUGUUACCUCGUAAAUGCAGUACAAUGUAAAUCAAUGGAUACAGAUAUCGGAAUAUACGGGGUGUUUCAGCGAACACUUUCAAAAUUUAUUUAAGGUUGC